AAAAGUGAAAAAGAAUUAGGAAGAUAUAUACUCAAUCAUUGUUCUAUACAUCACUGUGCUUCCUCAGAGUUCAAAAACUAGGGUACGCUCUCUUUCUGUCUUCCCUUUCCUCUCUCUUAAACCUUAAUUUAAAACUACCCAUUUCUAUUGUUUCCAUUUCAAGUCACUUCCUCUUUUGACCCAUGUCUGGUUUUUGUAUUCAUUUGACUGUGUGUUAUUGGUUUCAUGUUUCAAUUUGCUGCUGGUUGAUUCCUGUGUGAGUAAUUUUGUCAACUGGGUGUUCGAUUUGAUGCUUACUUUGUGCGGGUACUUUUCCAAUUAAAUAUGGUUUUUUAGGGUUUAGCAGCUGCUUAAUGGUUUCGUAAGGGAUAUUAAUGUGUUUAGAAGGAAUUGAUUUUCUGGAUCGUUUAUUUAUUUAUUUUUUAUAUGGUCGUCUCCCGAAAGUAAUGAUUUUGGUUCCGUUUGGUAGUGUAUUGAUGAUGUACUUAGUUUAGUGUUUCUUUUAGGUACAGGGGUAUACGACAUAAUCUGAAUCUCUAACUGUUGAAACAUAAUUGUGCUUGUCUGUUUAGGAUUUUUCUGCACUUCUAAAGGGGCCCUUGUAUUAUUGUGAAAUGCCAAUUUAGUAUUAAUUAUGAUCUGUUUCUUCACAUUUUAUGAGAAGUUUAUUGUUCAUGAACUUGUCUUAUCAUUAAUUAUCUGUCUAUUAUCUUCAAACCUGUGGUUACAUAGUAAUCUUGGUUCUGGAGGAACUCCUAUCUCAGUCUCAGAUGUGUUUUUGAAUUGGUUUGUUCAGAUAAAUGUACUAGAGAAGGUCAGACUUCAGGUAGAUGCAAGCGGAAGCUUGGUUUAAGAAACCAUCUUAGCAUAUUGAUAUUUGAAGAAGUAGCUUGUGUAUAGAUAUAUUAAAUCAUUGCAGGAUGGAAGUUUGGUAGCCUCCUCUAUCAGAUCCAAGACACUGGGUGCUACUACCUUUAAUGCUUUAAUGUUUCAUUUUGCUUGUAUGCUCAGCAGCAGCUCUUGAAACUAGCUACUACAGUCAACUUUGUGUCUAAAUUUACACAUGUGGAGCUUCAUUUGCUCAUAAAUAUAUCUAAUUGGACUGGGAGACAACCUUUCCGUUGCCAGAAGAAAAUAGCUAACACGGGUGCUCUUUGUUGUGUGGCCGCUGGGCCACAUGGAGGAAAGUCACCUACAGGUGGUAGGGACUCUUCAAACAAUCAUGAUGAACCUCAAUGGCACACAAACUCGAGUUUCUCUCCCCCUCCAUUGAGGAUGUGGGACUGCAGAUUACACUCAGAUGUUUUACCCCAUGGAUCUCAUGGAGUUCAUGGUUACUCACUAUCCUCAAACAGCAGAGGAAGCAGAAGUUGGGUUGGCAGUGAACGGUUAACCAAUCAUCAUCAUUCUGUUUCUGAUGGGGUGCUCUCUUAUUCUGAUAGCCUGCCUGACAAUGUUCAAGAACCCCGGUGGACAUCACCAGUUCAAAAAUUUAAUUUAGGCGAGGUUGCUGCCUCAACUGUGGGAGGAUCAAGAUCCCAGACCUAUUCAUUGCCUUCCACUGAGAGGCGAUUUGCUGUUAGAGCUACCACAGCAUCCCCUAGUUUUGGGUCCCCAUCUCCACUGUCUGAGCCCAGCCAUUGGGAAUCAACUAGCAAACGGCCCUUGGCUUUCUCCAAUCGCAACUUUCCAAGCCGACGCCCUUACAUGUCAAAAACUGUUUACCCUCUAGUAUUCCGCAACCCUGUGUCAGAUUGUGAAACCUUUGGUGAUGCUGAUAUCAGCAACAUUGGUAGGUUGAUACCAGGUGAGAAUUUGGCAUCACCAUCUUGUUGGCCUGAUAACAGUUCAAGCGUGGAGUAUAAGUUCCACAGAACCCUGACUGAACUUCAAAAGUUGGAGACGUCACCAGACCCCAGUGCAAGCUCUAGAAGAGAGGGAUUUAGGUGGAGUAGUGCCAGUAGUUAUGAUUUGGGGCUUGAUGGUGACAGGUUUGACAUGGCAGAGCAUAUGGAUAUGGAGAGUCUGAGAUCACCUAACAGUGCUGUUCCAGAUCAGAAGUGUGGAGUUUGUGGAAAGUUUUUGUGGCAGAAGUCUCCCUGGAGUUCACAUCGGAUCAUGAGAGGCGGUGACAUGCCUAUUGCUGGGGUGCUACCCUGCAGUCAUGUGUUUCAUGCUGAAUGCUUAGAACAAGCGACUCCAAAGGCUCAUAUUCAUGACCCUCCUUGCCCCUUGUGCUUGAAAACCAUUGGAUCAGUUGAAGAAUCCUCAUCAAUUUCGGAGCCCUUACAGUUGGCCCUGAGAUCCAUACGGAGAAACAGAGGGGUGGUGAUAUCUGAAGCCCUGGGGAGUCGCAACAAUAGUGAGGCCUCUACUCACAUCAAAGGAAGGUUGAGGAAAAACUGGCUUCGAGCAGUACGUAGGUGGAACGACAAUGGUUCAUUAACAAGCCGCCUUAAAGGGCAUUUUACCUUUAGGGGUAAGGUUGGUAAAGGUAUUUUCAGUACUAAGGUAUCUCACAAGAAAGGUUCAUCUAGCCGCGAACCAAUUCAAUCCCAAAUUUCUAUGCAGUAGUCCUCAUGUAUGUAUCCUUGUGUAAGUAGAUAUAACAAUUGGAUAUUUGGUGAACCAUUUCUUGUCAAGAUAUUUUGUCAACUUACGUGGGUUCACUUUUCGGAGACAUCAUUAAGAACCCUUGUGUAUCCACUUAAUGAUAUAAGCUGUGGCUCAUCUUCAUUCUUGGCUA